GACAUUGGUAUUUGUUCCCUCCUUGGGUUUGGUUUCGGACUUGGUUCUGGCUCAGUGUGUUAAUGGGCCCUGUGUGAAGGGAAAAGGGGCAGGAGUGACUGCAGACACCGUAGCUGUAAUUGAGAUUGGGGGGGGGGGUGUGGUGUGGUGUGUGUGUUUGUUAAGGACAAACCAGAAUUUCAAUUUUUAUUCUUAGAAAUUAAGAUAAUUUUUUUAUUAUUAUUUUAUUUUCUUCAAAGCUUGACACUUUGAAUGCUUAAAAAUCCCUGGAAACAAGUUGUUUCGAUUCCUGUACAACAAAGGGACAGGGCUGAUAAACCCAUUUUAACCCAGUACUUUGAGGUGUUCACCUAGGAGCUUUAAACUCAUGCCAACUAACAACUUUACGAGUGGUUUAAGUGCCUAGCCUGAGAGGAAGUUCUCGAAUGUGUCUUGAAAAGCCCUAGCGGAAGAAAUCUCUGCUGUAUGAGAGUUUUAAAAAAGGGUGUCAAAGAAGGACUGAUGGAGAUGUUGAGGGCACUUGCCCUGCUGACAGACUGGAAUCCGGUCCGUCUCACAAUGAAAUUGUGUUUAUGCAGAGAGUGUGUCAAUAAAGGACUAAGCACCUUCCUGGGAAAUGUUACAGCCUGGUAGUUAAGUUGUUCUGGGAGAUGGCAGAGGGUGGAUUCUUACCUCUUUAGGCAGAGGGAAUUGGAUUGUGCUCUCCUACUUUCUGGGUGAGUAAACAAACUCUUAAGCUACUGCAAUAAAAGACAUAAUGCCACCAGUCUGGUGACUCUAGUUCCCCGGUGUAUUUUUUCCAACUGAGACUGGCAAAUUUGACCCCGUUUCAGCAUUUCUGGAACGGCUGCAAUUUGGUAAUUUUGGUUGACUUACUACAAAAGAACCCCAAACUACCUGUUCCUUGCUACAGCCCUUGCAGGACAAGAAUAAUAUUUUUAUUUUUUGAAGAUUUCUGUGAGCAUUUAAACAGAUCCAGCAAAGAAGAGAGGAAAAUCGGUUAUCCUGUUUAUCUGGACUGGAGACAGGUGAUAUUUUCCUUCUUGUAGAUGUUUGUAGUUACCCACUUAGUACUGAAAAUGCUGUAACCUGGCGUAGGAAAGUCCUUUCUGAUCCUGGCCGAGUUUGGUUCUCUGCCAUAACUUGUUUAUCAUCUUCCCCUGAAGUCUUCUGAAGUCCAGACGCUGUUGUCUUUAUUAUGUACACAUUGUCAUAAAAAAAAAAAAGGCAAAACCCAAACCCUACUUACAAUCUUAUUUUCCUCAUUCCUGAAACCUCCUAACCUGGUUGACUUGUUGGAGUGCAUUUCAUGCAUUCUUAGCAGAUGGGCUGAAGGAAACGCCUAGUUCACUGGCAGCUAGAGGCUAGAAAGCGUGUAGGGAGUUCAUGAACGCUGCUUGUCUCCUCCUGCAGUCGCUGCAGAGCGCACACGGCCUGCCGGGGGAAGGAUCCCGAGCUGCUGGACACAGCAUGACCUUGGAAAAUCUUACUGGAGUGACACCACUCGUGACAGUGAGUUAAGGUGAAACAACUAAUUACUCUCAGAAGUCUUUUUCUUGUGGAGGUCUGUGCUGACAGUGACCAAGGGGCUGUUGGUUAUUGAAAAUGGAAGACACCAGUAAGCUCUCUCCAAAGCCGUGUAAAAGCAAAGAACCCGUGAAAACAGAAUGGGGGUCUCAGAGUGUUGUAUUUACGUAUUUCCAAGGGGAUAUUAACAGUGUGGUAGAUGAGCAUUUUUCUAGAGCUCUGAGCAAUGCCAAGAACCCACAAGACCUGAGCACAAAGCACAAGGGCGAGACUGUUGUCCUGAAGAACGUAGAUAGCAUGUCUCCCCAUCAGUGGAAUUUCUCUUCACAUUGCUCCAAACCAUAUCCAUCAUCUUCUGCUACAAGCAUGUCAAAUUCUGGUCUGAAUUUUUCUGCUGCUGGUAUGGCAGGCCAAUACCAGCCAUCAGCUCCACGGAGUCAUCCAACUCAGCCUGCAGAUUUAUGGCCCUUCCCUUCCAUCGGGACUCCCAGUCUUACCAGUUCGGUAUAUCAUCAUGCCUUGCCUGACCUGCAUGCGGUAGAUGAACCGAUCUCUGACAGGAAAUACGGUUCUCUUCUUGGUCUUCUGCAACAGGAAAGGUGCCUGACAUCCAUGCAAGAAUGUACCGUGAAGCAACACUCAAGUUCUGCUUGUAUGACUGGACCUGCUAGGUUACAAAAUAUAAGCCAAAGUUCAGCUCCUGGGGGAGAGAGGAAAGCAAGCACUUACCAAGGCUCAGAAAAUCCCAGCGUAAGCCAUGCCGCUGCAGGUAUUCAGAUUCACGACAGAAGACGAGAUUUGUACUUUUAGCAACUGGAUGUUUCUACUUUAUUCUGAAAGAGAAAGUUCCGGCCGUGAACUUUUUAUUAUUUGCAACUGUGAAUCAGGAAGACAUGAACUGCAGAUAUUCUGUGCUUUUUCUCUCAGCUGGAAGAAUAGAUGUGCUGCUUGGGGAAUGAAAAAUCAUCUUUUUCUAUUCAGUAAAUAAUUUCUAAUAGCUGCGGUAUUAAACCUGAGAGUAUGUUUGUUGUGAAGAAAUACUGUCUACUUAAGGCGUUUCAUGGAGCCCUCUUGAAAGGACCCAGCACUUUUUUAGUCUUUCUGUGUUUAUUCAUUUAUUAGUUAUCUCUUGGUAAGAAGCACGAUUCUUAUCAACACAGUUGAUAACUGAUAAAUGCAGGGAUGCAGUUAGCAUAAAUUCAGUGCUGCAGCUUCUUAGCUUGAUUUGAUAUCUCCAUAUUGUUCAAAAUAGUCUUAGACCGUGGGCAAGAGGCUUCAAGACAAGCACGGGUCAGCAAAGCACGUUAUCGUAUUUAUUUUUUGGAAGUACAGUAAUUUGUAACCAUACUUGCAAUUCACAGGGACAUCCUUCAGAAGCCAUAUAAUAUGCAUAUGCCCGAAGGCUCUGUUUUGCCCUCCCGUAAUGUAUAAUCAUCCUUUCGAAAACAGUGAACUAACACUAGAUCUGGGAGGAAAUCUGCAUCCUCGUUGGAUGCAAUUAAAAUACCAUUGAGCAGAAAGGCGGAGGUGGCGAUGGUAUAUUUUCCCAGCCUCUCUGCGGGCGUAAAAGGUUCUUUUUCUAAAUAAACCCUGUGGGGAUGGAUUUUAAAUGAUUGAGCUUGAAGGACUUGGCCACCUGAACAAGCGAAAACCAAUCCCUCCAUGGCAGCUGCAUCCCACAGACGGAGAGCGGCUGAACUGGGGGUGGGUGGUCCCGAUGCUCCUCCCCGCAGCAGAACGGCAGCCGUGAACGGGCCAUCGGUACCGCGCAGUCAGAUCCCCCCUCGCUUCACCACUCGCCCGGGGCAAAUAGAAUUCCUGAAGCUUCUGCGGGUAAAACCUCCUAUGGCUGGUGUUGAGGUUCGUGUAUGUAAUCCCUGCAGCAAGAGAGACUGCUUAGCCUUUAGGGUCAAUCCCGAGGAUAAAAAAGAUUUGUGUUUAUGUUUUCCUUCUUCAUUAGCUAUACAUUAAUUUAAUAUAAAGGAGCACGAUUAAUUUCCUGGCAGCUUUAUGCAUUUGCUGAAGGAAAUUUGACCGUUUUUGCUCCUAGAGCUUGUGAUUUUGUAGGAGAAAUCCUCAGCUGGUAUAAAGUGUUUGCGGCUCUGUUUGUGCCACAUAUCUAUGCUGCCACUGAAUCUCCUUCAGUUAUAACAUCCUGCAUAAUUUUAUAAGUAAUUUGAGUUCAGCAACUUUCGAUGUUUAUGCUACUGAUUCAAAAAGAAAAAUUAAAAAAAAAAAAUCCCGGUUUGUAUGAUAGAAGUCUGCUCUAGCCAUAUACGUGGGUUAGACCAACCUGAGAUCACAUGCGAGGGGAACUGUUUUAACUAAAUUAAUAAAGGGUAGACCAACAUCCUGUCUCUUGAUAGACGAGCACUGACAAAUCACUCAUUUUUACUAUUUCUACACAACUGCCUUUCUGCUCUUUCAGCUUUAGGAAUACUUACCCAAGUACUUUUCUUCUGUCAUCCCAAAUCACUUAAUUCCCUGAUUUUUAAGACCACGUGGUAAUAUAAUCUGCCUUCCGUCAUGGGCCGAAGCAGAGAUUUCCAAGCUGUGCUCCGUACGUGUGUCUUACUGGCGUGUGUUGUAAUUCCAGUGAAGUUACUGCUUCAGAAUAGUGAAAUACUACUUUUCUCUCCCUCUGCCCUCCCUCCUAAAAGAAAAUGCUUAAAUAAUUCUGUCUAAGGUCAGAAAAUGUGUGUGACAGUAUAUUUAAAUGCUCUUAAAAGGUAGUGUUUCUUGGAACAGUUUGGUCCAGUGCGUGUCACAGCUGGGAAUAUUCAAAGUGACUUAUAAAGCCCGUGUUUCUGGUGAAUCAACCAAGUGGGGUCGGACAGUGUCGGGGGAGGAAAACACCUCGUUUUUAAAUGCAUGUCACUUAAUGGAAGGACACAAGGUGGAACUGCCUUGACACGGUAACGCUUUGAGCCACUGCAGGGUUUGGCAAGGCCGUGUCCUCACCAUCUGACCUGGGGAAAAGGAGCAAGCGCUGGGGCAGCCUGAGGGAGGGUGUCUUACCCCGGUCCCCCUUCUCCUGGGCAGAUGGGUGCAUGUUCCCCUCCCCGGCUGCGGGAAGGACGAUGGCCCCGGGGUGCAGGGCUGGGGACAGAGGCUCUGCUGCUCCGCCGUUUGGUCUCAUACCACCCGACCGGAGCGUGCCUGGCUUUGUGGGCGUCUUAAUAAUCAAUGCAGUUAACCUAGCAGCGCAAUUUGCCUUUAAUCACUUAGUAUGAAUAGAGGCGUGAGCAUUGCACAGCAGUUCCCUGCAUUAGGAAGGCUUUUAUAUAUAUAUAAGAAAUAUAUACACAUAUAUCUAUUCCUCUACAUAUUGUUUGUCCAGAGUGGAGCGUUUCUUGCUUUCCCACUCAGGCUAAUGCCGCAUUCCUGAUGCUGCCGUCACGCUCCGGUGCCGGCGCCUUCAUUCCCAUGCAGGACGUGCGCUCCCUCGCUCGGAAGGACUUGGCAGACGGCGCCCGGCAUUCAGCAGCUGCCAUCUGGUACUUCCCACGGUUAUUUUCGGUUCCUCCUCUGAAUGCAGCAAUCACGGUGGUGACGGGAGGAGAAGGGAUGCGGGAUGGACCUGUUUCAACAGCUUCCGCCUCCCCCGGUGCUAGCGCACCUCUGCGGAGACUGCUCCGAAGGACAGAAGGACAAACGUGGGCCAGGUGUUACAUUUUCUGGUAAUUUACUGACCCUGUGGGAAAAUGCUCUUUGCCUUCGUUUGGGUGCCAUUUCUAAAGCUUUAGCGCAGGAAUAACUUCUUUGCACGGGUGGUUUUUCUCUCGGCUUUUUCUGAUGGGCAGAUGAGAUGCAAAGAGCCCCGUGCGGAGAUUUAGGCAGAGAAAAACACACCAGUGCUUGGCAUGCCUGCCCUGGGAGGAGAUUGGGGCUUCUUUUCUUUUUUUUUUAAUAGGCUGUAGGAACCGUUGUACAUGUUGCACCGGGCACCUCUCGGACAUAGGCAUUUUCUUCCGUGCCCUCUCGCACGGGGUGGCCCUGGUCCAGCUCCUCCUCUGAUGGGCAGAUAAAGCUCGUGGGUGGCUGGGAGCAGCAGCGGAGCUGGCUUAGCCGCUCCACCCCAUUUUAGUCAUUCAUUAGCAGCGUUAAAAAUAGUCCCGGACUGCAAGGACAAACAAGAGAGAUUCUUUUGCCAUUAAAGAAAAACCUAAGGGUUUAAAAAAAAAAAAAAAAAAAAAAAAAAAAGGCAGGCAGGAAGGCAAGAAUGCUACAGGGUAACUCAACCACAGUUUCUAUGGCCUCUUCUGGGCGUUCGUUGCCUCUCUUCCCCAUCAGCCUAAGCAUUUUACUUGACGCCAGUCUAGUUCCAAAAUGUCCCAGAAGCAUGACGGAGGUGUGACGGUGUGUUUGCAUUUCUUAUUCCUAAUUUUGGAUGAGGAGCUGAAAGAAACAGAAAUUCUCCCGUGCUCACUCGGGCUGGAGGUGGCGGCCCUUUGCUGGGGAGCUGGGCUGUCCCUGGGAGAGGGCUGGCCGGCCCCAGCCCAGGGGACAACCACCAGCUGGCGGUGAUGCCAACAGCGAUGCCGCCUGGGAAAAUGGUCACGGCUGGUGGCCCUUACCCUGGAGCUGAUGUCCCUCAUCCCUUUUGGAGCAGGGAACCCAAGCGGUUGUUGCUUUUCUUUUUGUUCAGGUGUCAAUUAAUUUCAUAGAAUCACAGAAUCGCCUAGGUUGGGAGGGGCCUUUCAGAUCAUCUAGUCCAACCAUCAACCUCACGCUGACAAAACCCAUCAGUAAAGAUUUGCCCCGUCACCAGUGAGAAAGGGACACCUUGUCAACCCCUGUGGCACGCGGCCCUUGGUAAACACUCGCUCAUCACUGGAAUUUUUGACCGUCUUGUGGUUUUUAACCCUCUUUUCUGGUAGGCUCUGCCAAGUGGGACAGUCCUGCUCCUGCUGAGCGGCUCGGAGCGGCACGGCAAGGCGGAGAUCUGGCCAGAGCAGGGCAGUUGUCUGAACUCUGUGAUCUGUGCCCUGCGCAAUGCUGCCGAAGGUCAGG